ACGCCAUUGUCAGUGUACUGUGGCUUUUAUUUUGAAAAAGGUUUGAACCGGAAGUGCUUGGGAUAUAGCCGCUGUAGUGUACUCUACUGCUGCCAACACGUGUGUAGCUGUCAAAUAAGUGUUUAUUCGUCAGCAACUACCCACAUAACAUUGAAUUGCACUGUUGCGUUUCCUAUGCAGCAAUGGCUGACGCAUUUAGCAGCAGCUCGGAAAACGUAAUUCUGCGUGUGGUAGAUGUUGCAGUGAAGAAAGAUAACCCUGUGGAGAACCUUGAAGAGUUGUAUCAGAUUAAGAAGACUUGCGACUUCAUCAGUGAGCAUCAAUUUGAAAAGGUUGCUCUGCAGUUUCCCGAUGAGCUGCUGGUGGAUUCCGUUGCAAUAGCAUCGGAGAUAGAGAGACAGAGUAAUGCCAAGCUCUUCAUUCUGGGAGAUACAUCCUAUGGCAGUUGCUGUGUGGAUGAGGUAGCUGCAGAACAUGUUGGAGCCGACUGCAUUGUGCACUAUGGCAGCGCUUGCCUCAGCCCGUCCAAAAGGCUGCCAUUGAUGUACAUCUUUGAGAGAAGACCGGUGGAUCUUGAGAAGUGCACGUCUGCCUUCAGAGAACUCUACCCUGACACACACAGUCACAUCGCCAUCCUCUACGACGUCAACUAUGUUCAUGCUAUAAAUGAUCUUCUGACACUCCUUUUGCCAGAGUAUCCAAACCUUGUCAUCUCAGAACUUAUUGUCGAAGGGGAGCAGUGUUACAGUCACGGCCGGAUUAAAAGACAACAUGAUGAUGCCUGUCUGUCGGAGCGAGACAACAACCAGCUUAUUUAUCAGUUUGGAAGGCAGUUCUCCUUGAAAAGUGGUUUAAGCAUCAUGGAUUACAGUAUGUUCUAUAUAGGCCAAGAGGGAGCAACUCUGAGAAACUUCAUGAUGACUUGGAAUCGCUGCUCAUUUUGCUCUUUUGACCCCAUAACACAGACGGGGAGGACAGAGUCCGUAAGUAUCAACCGUGCACUGAUGAAGCGAUUUUACGCUAUAGAAAGGGCCAAAGAUGCCAAUGUGGUUGGCAUCCUAGUUGGCACUCUCGGGGUGGCCGACUACCUCAACAUCAUUGAGCAGUUGAAGGAGACCAUCCGAGGAGCUGGCAAGAAGAGCUAUAUGUUUGCCAUGGGGAAACUGAACGUGCCCAAACUAGCAAACUUUCUUGAAAUUGACAUUUUUGUGUUAAUUGCGUGUCCUGAGAACUCACUGCUGGACUCAAGUGAGUUCUUUAAACCUGUAGUAACACCAUUUGAGAUGGAGUUGGCCUGCAACAAGAAGAGGGAGUGGUCAGAGGAAUACGUCACAGACUUUCGACAUCUCCUGCCAGGUGGACAGAAUCAUGUGCCUUUGGCUGAUCAGCAGGAGGGCGAUGAGACUGACGUGUCUCUAAUCACAGGAACUCUGCGAAGUCAGAAUCUGUUGAGCAGCGAGCCCGCAGUGUCCUCAUUCGGCUCUUCCGUGGUCCUCAGGAACCAGACGCUCACUGUAGCCAACACUAACUCAGCUGCAUCUUUUCUGGCAGAACGAAGCUGGCGCGGCUUAGAGCCAAAUUUGGGAGAGACACCUGUGGUGAAGGCUGUAGAGGGCAGGAGAGGCAUAGCCAUUGCCUAUGAAGAGGAAGGAUGAUUUACCAGUAACCCACGAGGUCUUAUUGAAUCAUGCCUGCAUACAUUCAAUGUAUAUUGCUUGUAAUUACUGAGAGCUGUAAGAAACAAUUUAUGUUUUCAUAAAAUAUCAGAUACCACUA